UGCGGGGUCUGGGGAGAGCGGAUAUAGUGAAUGCAUGGUCCGGGGAGAGCGGAUAUAGUGAAUGCAGGGUCCGGGGAGAGCGGAUAUAGUGAAUGCAGGGUCCAGGGAGAGCAGAUAUAGUGAAUGCAGGGGUCCGGGGAGAGCAGAUAUAGUGAAUGCGGGGUCCGGGGAGAGCGGAUAUAGUGAAUGCGGGGUCCUGGGAGAGCGGAUAUAGUGAAUGCGGGGUCCGGGGAGAGCGGAUAUAGUGAAUGCAGGGUCCGGGGAGAGCGGAUAUAGUGAAUGCAGGGUCCGG